AAGAAGAAAGAAGAAAGAAAGUUAAGGAACAAACGCAAACAAAUUCUUCCUCCUUCUUCAUCACGGAUCUCGAAAUCGGUUGCGUUUUGUUCUUAGGGUUCUUAAAAUACUCGAUCGCUUGCUUCGAUUUCGGUUUUUCUGGGGUUCGAUUGCUCCUCUUGUUUGAGGGAUCCGGAUUUAGGGUUUCUAGAUUUGAAUCGAUGAACGACCCCUCGCAGAUGUUGAUGAACCGUGGCUUCGGGAUCUGGCCUCCUCCGUGGCCGGAGGAUCCGAUGGGGUUCUACAGUUCCUGCCGGCUACCUCCGCCCUUCGCUGCCCCCGGUGGAGCCGUGCCCGGCCGCGUGAUGAACUGGAAGGCUAAGAAGUUAGUGGGUCACCGCAAGAAGGCGGCGGCAGUGGCUACCGGAGGUGUGCCUCUUGGUGGCGGUGGCAUCGCUGGUGGAUACAAUCCGGCGGCAUUUCAAGAAUUCCAGUACGAGAAUCGCGUAAAGGCGCGCCGGUUCUACUCGAAGAAGAAGUUCGUUCGCUCCGCCCCUUUCGCCCCCCGGAAUACGACCUCAUUCCUCAUUCGCGCGAAGAAAUCCGGCGGGAUCGCCCCGCUGGUCUCACCAUGCCCCGUCACGCCGGCGGUCCUUCCGACUCCCGAGCUCUCCCCGACGCGGGAGGACCUCGCCGACUUGGUCAAGGAGGAGUGGGGCGUCGACGGUUACGGUUCGAUGAAGGGUCUAAUCCGUCUCCGGUGGCCGAGUGGCCACGAGACCCGGCCUGACGAGGAGGAGGAUGGUAACGAGGAGGAGACGUCGAGCGAGAGCGACGUCGAAGAACACUUGGAGGUCGAGCGCCGGCUGGACCACGAUGUGAGUCGGUUCGAGAUGGUGUACCCCGUCGAGGAGCACAGCCUGGAGUCAGUGUCGGCGUCGGAGCUACUGGAGGGCAGAGUGAACGACCAGGGCGCACACAUAGCGCUGCUGGAGGAGGAGAACAUAACGCUGAAGGGGCGGCUUUUCCGAUUGGACAGAGAGGUCGCCGAGCUAAAAAAGCGGGUGCUGCUACUGGAGUCCAUCCACGCUGACAACAAGAACACUAACGGCGGCAACGACGUCGAAGAGGAGUGCUCGGAACGGAGCAGCGGGGCUGCAAUGGCGGAUUAAGUGGAGACCUUCGAAUUAGCUACUGCUUCUUCACCUUCACCUUCACCUUCUGCUCCCUUUUUCUCUGCUAUAAAUUGUAUGUUUUGGAUAUAGCAAUGUUGUAGAAGAUAGAAUUAGAGAAUUUUUCUUCUCAUGCAAAUUAUUGUUGUGUGUUGUUCAUGCUCGUCUGUGAACUUACUUUGUUAUGCUUAUAGAUUAGUUUGUGUAAUUUUGAACAAA